AUGAUGAUUUGGACGCUGAGGUUGCUGAGUUGUGUGACUAAGGUUGAUACGGAUGACGAUGAUGAAGGGAGUCGAGAUAAGACCUGGAUGUGGGCUCAGCGACAUGAGAUNNNNAUUAAGCAGAUGAACAGCCGACACGUUGAAAGAGUUCACGAGGGGAUCUCCGUGAAGCAAGCUGGUAGAAUCAUCAGCAGAAGCAUUUCCACUUGA